AUGGCGCCGAAACGCAAGGAACGCGAGUCGCUCGAGUCGCUGCUGGCGCGCCCGUGGUGCUACUACUGCGACCGCGACUUCGACGAUCUCAAGAUCCUCCACGACCACCAAAAGGCCAAGCACUUUCACUGUAUCGUCGGCACCUGCAAUCGUCGUCUUAACACGGCUGGCGGACUGCGCGUCCACAUGGAGCAGGUGCACAAGGAGAACCUCGAGGUCGUCCCGAACGCCCUCGUCGACCGCCAAGGCCUCACUCCUGAAGUCUUCGGCAUGGAGGGUGUGCCGCAGUCGAUGCUUGAUCAGCGCACCUCUCUCGUGAUCAAGGAGUACAACAAGAUCGAGUCCGAGUGGCGUGCCAGAACCGGCAACCCGCUGAGCGGCACCGCGGCUGCCAAAGAAGAGGCUGAGCAAGCGAGAAAGAAGCAGAAAGUCGCUGUUGACAAGGAGGAACUCAAGCGUCGUGCAGCAGCUGCAAAAGCAGCUCGCGCUGCCAAGAAAGCCGGACUAGAGCCACCCAAGCAGUUCGCUCCUGGCAUCGACGAGAUGGAGCAGCCAGAGCCUGUCUCCUUCGCCCAAAUGGCGGCCUGGAAGGCUGCCGACGCACAGGCCGCUGCCUCGACCCCACCAGCACCAAGCGUAUCGCCAUACGCAGCUCCGCCAUUCAAGCCAAUGAACGGCGCUGCAGCUCUUCCAACACCCUUCUCCGCGCCAGUCGCUGCUUCGCCAUACCAAACUCCGCCGUCCAUCUCACCCCCUGGCUUUCCAAUGGGCAUGUACCCACCUCCAGGCAUGCCCAUGGGUAUGCCAGCCUACUCACCAUCACCAGUGUCAGGCUACGGCGCCCCACCACCAGGACUUCCUCAGCGCGUCAACAUGCCGCUCCCAGGCAUGAGCGGUCUGCCUAGCAUCCCAGGCCUGCCACCGCGCCCGACUCCAGUCGCGCCCAAUGGAAGCACGAACGGCAACGUUGAAGAGCUCAUUAACACUGAGUACGAGAAGUUCCUGGAGCGCGAGAGACGUGGUGAGAAGGCCAGCUUUGCCGAUCUCGUGGCCACCCAAGCGAAGUACGGCAUGGUUAUUGAGUCGUUGCCAGACAGCAACGGCGUCAUGGCUCCCGUCUACGCCGAUAACCCCCCGGGAUCACGAUGGUAUUCAAACCCGAAAGUCGAGGCUGGCGCCAAACUCACCUACAGCGACAACUUCCUCACACCAGAGGAGAAGAAAUCCGCCAGUCCCCGCUACCGCCGUGGCGCAAAGGCAUCAACCACUCAGACUUUCGGCCAUACCCAAGCCGCCUCCGGCGCUGUGUACUCUUAG